AUUAUUGGGGAGAAGUUCAGUCUGGAGGACUAAUCGGUGGGUGAGGUUGUGUGUCUCGAGCUAGGGACAUCAACAUUCGAAGAUAUCAGAGAGAGCGUAUAAUCAAGAAUAAGUCUCUUGGAAGAUCUUGCGCAAGCUGAUGUUGAGGUUUGUUUUCGUGGGUGAAACCCAUUUCAGUGUGAAGGUGAAGCUGGUGGAUGUAAGUCUUGGCUACCCGUCAUUCAGGAUCUACACAGUACGGUGAGAUCACGGUAAGCCGAGGUUCCCCUCUCGACCCACACGUUGACGGCUGACACUUGGUCCUACAUAAGAAGACGUCUCACCCCUAUUCAAUAACCGUCGACUCAUAAAAUAGCAUCAUCAACUACAAGUCAACCGUCCACAAUGGCCGAGCCUCUCGAAACCCGCAAUUUCUUCCCCGCUCUGCAGCGGAACGUGACGCCCACUGCUUCCGGCUCGGAAGUGGUCAGCUACACCUCUGACCUGGGCAACGGCGGUCCCAUCUUGACUCUGAUUCACGGAUAUCCUCAAUCCGCAUUCAUCUGGCGCCACCUCGUCCCCCUCCUCCAACCCAAAGUCUCCCUCUUCAUCCCCGAACUCCCCGGCUACGGCAUCAGCACCCCCAUCUCCGCCGGAACAGGGGACCACACCAAGCGCGCCGUCGGCCGGGCCUUGCUCGAUGCUCUUUCCCAGGUUUUCGGCACCAACACCUCGUCGUCGUCAUCGUCACCCCGACCAAUAAUCCUAGCCGGCCACGACCGCGGCGCCCGCAUCUGCCACCGUCUCGCCGUCGACGCCUCCCCCUCCUCCCACCCCGAAAACAACAACUUUUUUUCGGCUCUCAACCUGUCUGUGCAGGGGGUCAUCAUGCUCGACAUCCUCCCCACCAAAUCCCAAUGGGACUUGUUCUCCUCCCCCUCCGUUUCUCAGGGCUACUUCCACUGGCCCUUGCUAGCCAACGUCGAGCUAGCCGUGCCCAUGAUCCAAGCAUUCGGGGUGGGCAACUGGGUGCGCGGUGGGCAUUUACGGUUGGCUGGCUCAGCUACCGACAGCACGGCAAGAAUCAUGAGCGAUGAUGCUGUCGAAGUGCAUGUCAAGUUGUUUGAAAGGGAGGGAACGGUGAGGUGGACUUGUGAGGAUUAUAAAGCUGGUGCGCAAAGGGAGGUGGAUGAGCAGGUGGAAGACCUAAAAGAGGGAAGGAGGGUGGAGGUUGAUGCGCUGGUGAUGUUUAGUAGGGAGAAGUUGGGGCGGGGUGGGGGGUUGGAUGUUGAGGGGGUUUGGAGGGGGACUGUCACUGUCGAUGGCAAGCAGGGGGGCAAGGAGGAGUGUAAGGUGGGGGAUAAGUGGGUGGGGGAUGGGAUGGAACUGGAGGUGGUGGGUGUUGAAGGCGGGAGGGGACAUUAUUUGCCGGAGGAGGCGUAUGAUGUGGUUGGGGAGAGGGUGGUGAGGUUUUUGGAAAAGCUUGGGUUGUAGGUGGAUGAGGUGACGGAAGGGAUUUGAAGAUGGGGGAUUGGAUUUGAGCGGAAGUUGAUGAGAGUGGUGGUGAUGGGAGUCGAGCGGGGAAGUGGAAUUCAUUCAGUUUGUGAGGUGCGCGCGUGCGUGAGGGCAUUCCGAGUUUUGGGC